UGGCAGGCGCAUUCUCCCGACAAGGUGGGAGCUUGUCUCUGAGUCAUUGGCACCCCUGUAAGCAUUUAAUAGCUUAAAGACCAGCGAGGCAACACUCAAAUAUCAGACUGGGAUAGAGCCUCACUCAAGAGGAUCACUGGCGCACUGAGCUGCUGAAAUUCUGCUGAAUCCAUCAAGGAAUCAAAGGAUUCAAGAUGUUUAGAAGAACAAAAGUGAUUGAUGGGACAGCCACUGGACAAGAUCCUGCGGCAGAAAAUGUUAGAGAAGUGGGGAUAAAGAAAAAGUCCAGUGUCCCCGGGGUGAUGAUUACGCAGUAUAUUGAGGAGCUGCCAGAAGGAAAGAGCCAUCCAGACUUCACCCGCAAGCCCAUUGCUCUAACCAUCCAAGAGGGCAAAUUUGCUUUUUUUAAAGCGAUUGUCAUUGGAGACCCCCAGCCGACCGUUACAUGGGACAGAAACAACGGAGACGUCUCUGACACGUCGAGAUAUCAGACUAAAUACGAUCCCAAUACCAAUGAGCACACAUUUGAGAUGCCGAAUGUCAUGCCAGAUCAGGCAGAUACCUAUAAAUGCUUUGCCAAAAACGAAUACGGACAGGCCAUAGUCACAGUAGUUCUAAACGUGAUUGCAGUUGGUUUCAAAAAGAACAAAGCCCAGCCAGAACCGGCUGAGGCCCCCGGUGGGAAUUUUAAGUCUGUGCUGAAAAGGAGAAGUAAGAUCCUACCAGCGUCUGAGCAACCUGAGAGAAAAGAGGGAGAGAUCGAUCCUAAAUUUUGGGAGAUCCUAAUCAGCUCUGAUAAAAAAGACUACGAGAGCAUCUGUGCAGAGUUUGGAGUGACUGACUUCCGUUGGAUGCUGAAGACACUUAAUGAAAUGAAGAAAGAAAGGGAGGAAGAACAAGCUGAGUUUGUCAGCAGCCUGUCCAACUUGAGACACAUACGAGUCAAUUCAGAUAAUACUGCAUCCUUUGAGCUCGACAUGGACCUCAUAGAACCGAGCACCUCUUUAUACCUGUACAAGGAUGGUGUAAUGGUUCCAUAUACAAAAGAGCUGGGAGAUUCAAUGAAGCACAGUCUUAAACUAGUGGGGAAAAAGUAUAUUUUCAGCGUGAGGGACCUCAUGCCGGACGAUGCCGGACUGUACCAGCUGGAUGUAGGGGAUGUGAAUGUGUUUUCCACUGAUUUUAAAGUCCCCCCGGUGGACUUCUUGGUGAAAAUUCAGGAAGUGAAAGCAACGGAGAGAGAAGAUGCUGUUUUCGAGUGUGUCCUGUCUAAUCCCUUCUCCAAGAUUCUGUGGUUUGGCAAGAAUUUACCUCUGGAACAAGGAGAUAAAUAUGAUAUCCAGGUUUCAGAAGACAAGCUCAUUCACAAACUGGUGGUCAAAGACUGCUUGAUUGUAGACAAAGGAAUUUAUUCUGCCUGUGCAGGAAUAAAAUCUUGCAAUGCCUGGCUUGUUGUUGAAGCUGAUAAAGAUGCACAAAAGGGCAAAAAAGCAGCAAGGAAAACCACAAGGGCAGGAGGAUCUGGGAUGGACCUGCAGAAGGUCGCCCAAGAGCAGCAAACAAAAUUAGCAAAGGACAGAGAAGAAAGGAAAGAACAGAUUAAAGCUGCAUCAGUUGCACCACCUCCUGCACCCACUGCGGCUGAACCAGAGGCGACGAAAGAGCUAAGCGAUGUGAGCGAACCAGCAGCAGUCGUGGAGGUAGCAACCGCUGAGCCUCGAAUUACCGGAAAACUUUCCGAUAUUUGUGUUCUUCGUGGAAAUCCAGCCGAGUUAACGGUAGAGAUGAGCAUGGACUGCAGCGGCACCUGGUUUAAAGACGGAGAGCCGUUAAACUCGGGUGCUGGGGUCACCACGACCAAGUCUGGAACCCGUCACAAGCUGAGAAUUCAAAGCUGCAAAGACGAUGACUCUGGAGUCUAUCGUUUUGUAUCGGGAGAUCAGAGCACACAAGCAAAGGUCACCGUCGGAGGUGCACCCGAAUUUGACCCGGACGACCUCCACAAGUUCUCCAAGCCUGUGAUCAUACGAGUUGGCCAGAACGCUGCUUUCAAGAUGCCCUUUCCUCCUCAGGGGAAUUUGGAGGUCCGUUGGUUCAGGGACGGCACCGAGAUCAAAGACGGAGGGGGAGUUAAGAUCGCGAGGGAGCCCAAUCACAGCCGGCUGCUGCUCAGAGACUGCCUGCGGACGGACGCCGGGGAAAUAAAGAUCCAACUCAAAAACCCAUUCGGGGCUAUGGAGGCCACAUCUAGGCUUAUUGUGCUCGAUCGGCCGGGUCCUCCCGAGGGUCCAGUGGAGACUGUUGAAACAACCUCGUCUUUAAUUGAGAUCAAAUGGAGCCCUCCCAAAGACGACGGCGGCUCCGCUGUCACCAACUACAUCAUAGAACGGCAACAGGCAGGACAAGCUCUGUGGACCAAACUUGGGGACGUCUCGGCUGACAAGACCUCCAUCAGAGACAGGAAUGUGACUCACGGGAAGAAAUAUAGCUACCGGAUCUGUGCACAAAACCCAGAGGGCCUCAGUGACGCGCUGGAGACGGCUGAUAGCAUUAUGGCAGGCAUAAUGAUCCUCUCCGGUCCACCUGGAGCCCCCGCUGUGGUGAGUGCCUCCAAAACCUGCAUCAACUUGACUUGGACCCCCCCAGAGGACGACAGAGGAGUACCGAUCAUCGGUUACCAACUGGAGAAACGGAAGAAGGACACAAACCUUUGGAUUGCCCUGAAUGCACUCAAUGAACCGAUUGAAGACGUGAAAUAUGCAGUUAAAGAGGUCACUGAGGGAGCAGAGUACGAGUUCAGGGUUUCAGCUAUUAAUGAGUCCGGCGCAGGAGAUCCGAGCCCUCCCUCUGCAAUGGCGUGUGCAAAGAACCCCAACAUGAGACCUUGUUUUAAAGACCCAGAGGACUUCAUUGUUGUCAGAGCAGGAAAUUCAGCGCGUGUCAAAGUUUGCUAUGAGGGCGAACCGCCACCUCAGAUCACUUGGCUGAAGGACGAUGAGCCAAUAUCCCCGUGGAUUAAUGUCAUCAAUACAGAGGGAACGUCUCAGCUUGUUAUCCCCUCAUCAAAGCGCUCAGAUUCAGCCAUCUACACUAUUAAAGCCAAAAACUCCAUGGGUGAGGCUUCAUUCGACAUUGAGGUCAGAGUCACAGACGAACCCAAAGCUCCAGGGCCGGUGGAGCUGGAGCAAUCAGUCACCGGCAAAGUGGUGGUAUCCUGGGCUCCUUCUCCGGACCAGGAGCUCGACGACCGCCUUUACUACGUGGUGUCUCAACGCGACUCCGCCACCAGGUCGUGGAAGAACGUGGCAGACCGCCUCUUCGCUAACACGCACACAGUCAACAACAUCCUCCCUGGGGUUCAGUACCAUUUCCGGAUCUUUGCCAAGAAUGAUAUGGGCCUCUCAGAUCCAUCACAGUCCCCUACAUGGGGUGCGAACAGCAACAGAGUUCCAAUACCUUCAAAAGGACUUAAAUCAUCAGGGGUCAGCUUUGAGAGGCCUCCGUCCAUCUUGGUGCCUCUGAAGGUCCACGCGCCGCCUAAAGGUUACCAACUGUACAUGACCUGCGCUGUCCGCGGAUGCCCCACGCCCACCGUGUCCUGGUACCUGGACGACGUCUGCAUCAACUUCGACAAGGACUACUACAUCACCAACUCAUUCGGCGUGUGCUCCAUCUACAUCCUCAGAGUGCGGUCCAAAGACAGCGGCGUCUAUAAAGUGGUUGCGGUCAACUCUUUUGGCCAGGCGCAGUGUUCUACCAAGCUCGCUGUUAGAGAUUGAAAUGAAGAUAUUGAGCAGCCUCUCUUCAUUCUGGAUAAUGAGGAAAGGAAAUGGUUUUUGCGUCACUACAUAGACAAUGAAUUCAUUGUAAAUGUGACAAUUUACAAUUGUUAACCCAUCAUCAGAAAUAAUACCACAAGUGACAUGAAACUCUGAAAUUGCAAAGAUGUAAAUCUUUUGUGGCAACUCCAAUAAAACAAGAAACUGA